UCACAACAGGGGGAGAGUUGUUUUAAGUAAAAUAGGCAGCGCCUCCGAGGCAACCGUCUCUCUCCGUUUAUUGCCGAAAUACGUGCAGGCUCUCUCGGACGACAGGGGAGGAGGCGUUCACAUCCAGCCUUCCCACCCCUUCCUCUCCUCCGCACUACAUUUCAACCUACUUCUCUUCUCUCUGUUUUAGUUUACAGCUCCUGACCGUAUUCCUCGGUGCUUCUCACAGCAGAGGAGGAAUAAGAAGAAGAAUAACAAGAACAAGAAGAGGAUGAUGAAGGAAGAGAGGGCUCGUUCAGAAUUUAGCGUCGGGAAGAUGCCUCGUUAUUAGUCUCUCUCGUUCUCGUGACCUGUCUUGUCUUAGCUUCCCAAGGCGAGGGGAAUGGAAGAAGAGGAGGAGGAGGAGGAGGAGGAAGGGGUGAUGGACACCACAAUAGACGAACGAGACGAAUGCUUUAGCUCUCCGUGUUGGGAGGUCGACCUGGACUACGAGUUCUCAGCUCCCCGUUUCUACGAUUUCACGAGGUUGGAGACGCGCGACGAAUCACGAGAAGCAGAGGCGUGGUUCGAAACCGCUGAUAGCUACCCUCCUUCGCCUUACUUGUUAAAAUUACACAUGAGAGCAAACCUUCGAGAAGUUAAUCGUACUGAACAUAAUGACUCCGUUCACAUUUUGGCUGCUCAUUCCAUGACAAGCAUGCGCACUGAGUUAUCCCCAAUGGAUGAGGAGACAAAUGAACAUUCAUCAGAAAUUAGGAACGGAAAGCAGUCUACUGGAUUUGACUACAUGCUCAGUUUUCCGCAAAGAUCAUGCAGUUCAACUGGUCCAAACAAUCUUAUCAGUGAUCCUGACAGUGUAGAUGCUUCUAAAGCAGCUGCAGUCUCUAGAGGAAUGGUUUGUGACACUGGUAAUGCACCAGAUCCUCCUGGAAAUAGGCAAAAGGCUUUGUCAAGUGCUCCUUCUAGAAUCUCAACGCUGAUGAAACCUACUGCAAGCCAAUUAGCAAAACAGAAAGCGCCUGCUUCAAAUUUCUCAAGAGAAGUGAAAUGCUUCAACAAAAUUUCUGGGAGGGAUAUAAACACACAUGAAACGGGAGUGGAGAAAACAUCUUGCAAUGAAUUUCAAGCUUCAAAAAGACAAAAGCUAGAAGGCGGUCACUUGCGAAAGGUGCAACAGUUGCAUGAUAGGAAGCAACAAGCUACAUUACUUCACAAGUCCUCCAAAAAGAAUGGAUGCACUGAGAACACUAAUCAAGCAACGGCGUUGAGAUUGACUGUGCCCAGAGAGCCUAAAUUAGAAACAGCACAAAGGGCUAGGAGAAUUAGGGCCAAGAAUUCAGUAGAGCAUGAUGAGCAAAUGCAUGCAAAAGCUCCUUUGUUCAAGGCUCGACCAUUGAACAGAAAGAUACUUGAGGCUCCUUCUUUGCCCUUACUUAAAAAAAGUCAACCCAGGUUACCCGUGUUUGAGGAAUUUCACCUGAGGACAUCAGAGAGAGCUUUGCAACACCCCAUGGGUGAUUCAUCAACAAUGUCUUGCUUCAGUACAGAUAAUGUCUCUAAGAUGUCUACUGGAACCACCACAAGUGCCUGUGUUGAUACCAGAUCAUCACACUGUCCUUCAAAUGAUCUUCAUCCAAAGUCAAAAGUGCUUGGUACUACCAAGCAUGUCAUCAAUGGGCAAGGUCACGUGUUCAAAGCCACACUAUUCAAUAAGAAGAUACUUCUAAGUGAAGGGGAUUUCAGUAUCUACCAGAGCUCCAAGCGGGAAGCCACAAAACCUAUGGGGUUUAACUUUUCAACAGACAAACGGUCUCAUCCGACCAAUCCACCUACUGAGUUGUUCAACAAGCUGUCCCUCAAAUCUGAAGUUCAGGCCCAUUAUGCAUCUCAGACGAUCAUGCACAAUUCAAAUGAUUUGUCUUUCAAGAUGUGCAAAAACACAAAAGAAAAUGAGAGAACUUUACUCUGUCGAGAGCAUAUGGUGGGUAGCAUGCCAGUCAACAAUGUUUUGUCUGCACGUGAAGAGAGAAGACAAACCUUGAAAAUUGAACCAAGUCAAGCCACUGGAGAUGUAGGUGUAGCUGAAAUGAGUUGCUAUACCUUCCUCUAACAGUGAAGAUCUAUUUGGUGGUAAAAGGUCUUCCUGUAAGAGACGUGCUUUCCUAGUGGCUGGUGUAUCUGAAAAUGGAAGAUUGCAUAUGUUCCAGAGUUCCUGUUCAUUGACGAAGUGACCAAUGCAAAAGGAGUUUGCCUCGUCCAUUGUCUGAUGUCAUAUGGCCUGCGCUUUAGCUUUCCACUUUUGAGUGCAUUGCUCCUCUUCUUGGUGAUGGCGAUCGCAACAUCAUU